AUGGGUAAAUGGACAUUCAGCGCUCCCGAGGGCUACUUUGACGAUUGCGUCCCGCUCGCCGCCCAGCUACCCGAGAGCAGGCUCACCACCCGUCCGCUCUUCGCGCUCACUUUGCGCGCUUAUCCGUCCGAUGCUGCGGCAAACUCGGACAAGCCGCCGUGGGCGCGCUUCGUCAAUCAUGUCCAGGCGCUCAACCGCGAGGCACCGGACAAUGUCUCGUACAAGAUCAUGUUUCUGACUCGGCACGCCCAGGGCUUCCACAAUGCCAUGAAGGACAAGGCCGCCGCGGGCGAGACAUGUGACGAGAAUCACGGCGACGACGCCGAGGCGCAGUGCUUUGACGCCCUCCUCACCGACGUUGGCAUCGCACAGGCCGACGCACUCGCCGCGCAGUGGCUCUCCACCGCAGGUCUCCCCGUCCCGCAGUCUCACUACGCGAGCCCUCUGACGCGUUGUCUGCAGACCGCGGAGCGUUACCUGCAGCCUCUGAUGAGUGCCCCCGGCGGCGGGGGCAUAUCCCACCGCCCAACAAUCAUCAAAGAAGGCCUGCGCGAGAGAUGGACCACGCACACGGCCAACAUGCGGCGCCCGCGCGCAUGGAUCGCCGCGCGCUGGCCCGCAUGCGAGAUUGAAGACAGCUUUUCCGAAGAGGAUCUGCUGACGAUGACGAUGCGGGCGGAGCAGCGCGCCGAGACGGAGACGGAGAACCGGGAGCGGGUGAUGAGGGUCCUGGAGGAUGUGUUUGAUGAGGGGGACGGGGCGGGCGAGGUGGUGGCGUGGACGUUUCACUCGCUGACGAUGAGGGCGCUGAUGGGCGGGUUGGGUAUGGUGCCGUUCAAGGUGCAGCCGGCGACGACGGUGGCGGUGCUGGUCCGGGGAGAGAAGAAGAAGAGAGAGGAGUAA